UUCCAGCCUCGUGCACUUUUGUUUGAGCAACCGAAUUCGCUCCACGAAUUAAUUCUUCCCGAAUUAGCUGCGAACGGAUCGAAACCUCGACACCUUUUCGUCGAUCACUACUUUAAAGAGAUAAAACACCAUUGAAAUCUUCGUGUCGGGGUAAACUCGUUUUGGUGGUGCACGUUGAAGCUUCUCGGCCUAGUUAGCUUAGCUUAGUUUAGCUCAGCUCGCUAGCCGCUAACAAAGAGACGCGCUUGUCAGCGACUCAUCGCAAAUUCGAGAUCGCCUGUGAAGGUGUUGUGAUUGUAGUGUGAAAAAUGUGUGCAAGAACGACAGCAAAGUGCCAGAAGGAACUUUCUGGAACGAAAGAGGAGGACGAGCCACGACGUCAACUCGUGGACGCAGUUCGCAUGCAGCCUCGUGUUGUGUUACACAGAGCAGACAUCACUGAAUAUCUUUGUACUGAGCGGCAGGAGCCAGAGCCCCCUCACAUGAAAGGUGAAGUGGAGGACAAAGAGGUCCACCACAUCAAAGAGGAGCCCAUUCUGAUGAAAAAAGAGGAGGAAGAAGUGCACCCCCACAUCAAACAGGAAGAGAAGGAGGAGGAUAUCACCAUGUUUCCAUCGACUGGUGUCCCUUUGAAGAGUGAAGCUGAAGAUCAAAGUGAGGAGAGCAGAGGGGCGGAGCCUUCAAGCAGAAGCUCAAGUCAACACAUGACACACUCUCCUCACACUGAUGAUGAUGAUGAUGAUGAUGGACAGUCUGAAGGUGAUAUGACAUGUCACACUGAAAACAAACAACGGAAAUGUUCUCAGUGUGGGAAAACAUUUGCGACUAAGAAGACUUUGAAACACCACAUGAGACUACACACUGGAGAGAAACCUUUUUCCUGCUCAUUUUGUGGUCAAAGAUUCUCUCUGAAGCAAAGCUUCAAAUUACACACAAGAACGCACACUGGAGAGAAACCUUUUUCCUGCACAGUUUGUGGUCAAAGAUUCUCUGUGAAGGAAAGCUUAAAAUUACACACAAGAACACACACUGGUGAGAAACCUUUUUCCUGCACAGUUUGUGGUCAAAGAUUCACUCAGAGGGGACACUUAAAAAAACACACAAGAACACACACUGGAGAGAAACCUUUUUGCUGCACAGUUUGUGGUCAAAGAUUCUCUGUGAAGGAAAGCUUAAAAUUACACGCAAGAACACACACUGGUGAGAAACCUUUUUCCUGCACAGUUUGUGGUCAAAGAUUCACUCGGAAUGAAAGCUUAAAAUUACACACAAGAACCCACACUGGUGAAAAACCUUUUUCUUGCUCAGUUUGUUGUAAAAGGUUCACUCAGAAGAAAGAUUUAAAAAUACACACAAGAACACACACUGGUGAGAAACCUUUUGCCUGCUCAGCUUGUGGUCAAAGAUUCACUCGGAAGGAAAACUUAACACAACACACAAGAACCCACAAUGGUGAGAAACCCUUUUCCUGCUCAGUUUGUGGUCAAAGAUUCUCUGUGAAGGAAAGCUUAAAAUUACACACCAGAAACCACACUGGUGAGAAACCUUUUUCCUGCUCAGUUUGUGGUCAAAGAUUCUCUCGUAAGGAUUGGGUAAAGCAGCACGAGUGUGCGGGUGAGAAUAGCAGUGAUCAAGAAGCUUUUAAUGGAAAUGUUUAAAAAAAAAAAAAAAAGUAAUGACUAUGCUACUGACUUACAAGAAUCUACAUUCUUGUAUUCUGUAUACCAGCAUUUAUUGUAUCUUAUUGUUGUCCAUUGUUGUCCAUAAAAGCCUCCAACAGGCAAAUAUUGAGAAUUAGCACUGGUGCCAAAAUACUUUAGAGACUAGUUAAUGGUGAGAACUCAUAAGUGAUGUCUUCAGAAAAAAAGCCCUCCAAAAUAGACUCAGUCGUCAUUUUAGAAUCAUUUUCUGAUUAAAUGUUUGGUUUUCAGCCAGAUUUUAGCCAGCCCAUAUUUUGGACGUCAGCCUGACACAUAACGAGCAGUUGCCAAUUACAUUUUCUCAUUGAACUUCUGUGUUUUCCAUGGUGUAAUUUUUAUCCAUAUUUAAAGUCUAGGUGUAUUUUUUUUAGACAAUGAGUAAAAAUAGUGAUAGUUAAAUAUGUUUGGAAAAAUAAAAAAUAAAAUCGGUGCUUUUAUUUGGUUCAUGCAUGAGGCUUGUAAGGAUGUGGCACUCCCCCGCUGUGUUUCUAUCACGUUAAGGAUGACAUUCUUAUAAAUUCACAAUUAUUCAGCACAUUAAAUUUGUGAUUGAACAUAAUUUUGGGUUAGUAGCUAUUCAUGUCAUGCAAUUAUACAGUAUAUAACAUGCAAUAUAAUAUACAAAGCGGUGUUUGACAGCUAUGAUAUAUGAAAUAUGACUAAUUACUGCCACUUCAUAGUGUGAUACAUUUCUUUACCCACACCAGCUAUGCCGGUGCUUUUUCAUUUUCGGUUUUGGCGAUGGAAAAGGAGGCGUUCGAAAGUGAAUUAGUUCUUUACCAAUUGCUCCAAAACGUAUUAUUAUUUGAAAUGACUGCCAGUUUAAUUUUCUUGAGCAAAAAAUACAUCAAAAGCGCUUUUUUUUUGUGAAAUACGGACCAUUAAGACCCAUACUUCCUUUAAGCAAUGCAUGCAUUUUUGUCCAAUGUUUUAGUGAUGUCAAUAUCAAAUCAGUGAAUGAUUGAUUGAAAUAAGACUGUAAAGAAACUUUGACUUUUGGUGGUGAACUGAAAGGGUAUUUGUGAUCCUUAAUAAAGUACACCUAAAACAGUGAGGGCAACUCAAUUUGCUUGUAUAUCAAAUCCAUUUCCCCCAUAAAUUUUUUUUUAAAUGUCUUUAAUUCAUUGGAAACCCUCCCAAAAAAAAACAAAAAAUGCUUUCAACUUAAAUUAAAAAAAAAAAAAAAAAAUGUCCCAAGCGACAAGGCCGAAGUGAAAAAAACUGCAAAGCUGGGGCACUGUGGAGGAUCACAAGCAGACGCCCUUUAAGCGCCACAAUCCGAUAGUGACGACAUGACAUCACACUCUCCUCACACGAAUGAAGAUGAUGAUUAAAAAGUCCGAAGGUGAUAUGACACGCCACACUAACCGCAAAUGGAAAUGUUCUCAGUUUUGGAAAGUGUUUCCUUCUCAAAGCGUGUGAAGACACACUGACGAGAAAUGUUUUGAAUGAAUGGAUAAAAGUAGUGACCAACGUUUAGGUCACUGUAACGGGGUAAAAGUCCCAUUACUUAUUGGCAGAAGCAGCAGAAGGGUUUUUGCUGGUCUCAUCAACUCUUGUGCCUUAUCCAUGCAAAGCAGGUCCCGAGCGCACAGGCGGAACCUCAGGCCAAUGCGCUCGCAUGUUUGUCCGCCGCGGACUGACAUUCAUAAUAAUGUGUGUGGAUGGUGGAUUUUCAGAAUGGAUCAAGCUGCCAGCAUUCAAGGAUUACGAAACAGCCUAUGACGACGUUGUCCUUGUCUUUUCUAAAAGGCUCCUGUGGACAACUGUUAAGAAUUAGCACUGGUGCCAAAAUACACAAAGUAAUGCAUGUCUUUUUUUCCCAAUAAUUUAGUGAUGUUCAUAUCAAAUAAAUUAAUGCUUGAUUGAACUAGUCUGUAAAGAAGCAUUGACAUUUUGUGGUAAACUGCAAAGUGUACAGUACAUGUGAUCCUGUUAUUCAAAAAGUGUUGAGUAACUCAAUUUACUUGUAUCUCAAAUCCAUUUUCCCCCCAUUGAAAAGAAUUGCCUUGAUAGUGACACUAAGCAGGCAAAAAAAAAAAAAAACAUGUAAAUUUGACACGCCACAGAGAAGAGUAAUGUUAGCUAGCCUGCCAAAUUUGAAUGAAUAAAACAAAUCGCAAAGUAUAUAAAACUUGAAUUAUAACGGCCACCUCUCUGCUCUCACACGCUGUGGGCAUGUCGAAUGGAUGCGCCAAAAGGAAUCAAACAUACUGAGGGGGUGAUAGCUUCUACGAUGUAAAAUCACAUUGGGAAGCUCAACUUAAACAAUGAAUGGUUAAUGUGGACUAUAAUCAUAAAAAUAAGCACACAAUUCAACUUACCCUCGUUGGUGACAAUGUCACAGCCAAACACGGCCCCUGACGACAGCGGGACGGAUGGAGGACGCCCAGACGGUGAGACAGUCGGUACUGCCCCAUUCAGUCAUACACACACACAUAUAUACAUGCAACCCAAUUCCAAUGGAGUUGGGACGUUGCGUUAAACAAAUAAAAACAAUACAAUGAUUUGCAAAUCAUAUUCAACCUAUAUUUAAUUUAAUACACGACAAAGACAGGAUAUUUAAAGUUCAAACUGAUAAACUUUGUUUUUAGCAAAUAAUCAUUAACUUGGAAUUUUAUGGCUGCAACAUGUUCCAAAAAAGCUGGGACAGAGUCAUGUUCACCACUAUGUUACAUCACCUUUUAACGACAUUCAAUAUACGUUUGGCAACUGAGGACACUAAUUGUUGAAGCUUUGUAGGUGGAAUUCUUUCCCAUUCUUGAUUGAUCUACAGCUUCUGCUGUCCAACAGUCUGGGGUCUCCGUUGUCGUAUUUUACGCUUCGUAAUGCGCCACUCAUUUUCAA